AUGACAUCCACCUUCUUUCACCAAUAUUGUAGUCACAAUUUGUAGUAUUGCUUUCAGUCAUCAUGCUUGCCUCCCAGGACCACAUGCAGCUCUCAAAUACAGCAUUUGGAUGCUUCGAGCUUGAGCAUUUCCCCCAGACCAACGAUAGCCAUCCUCGCAAACGUGCCAAGUUCACGCCCCAGCGAAGAAAGGAGGUUGCUCUACUGAGAGGCAAAGCGUGUCUUAGAUGCAGGUUGUUGAAGUUGCGGUGCUCAGGAGACAAUCCAUGUCAAACGUGCCUUAAGGCGGCAAGUUUGUCGACUCAGAGCAAGCACCUUCAGUUUUCGUAUUGCGUCAGAGCUUCGUUGAAAGAUUUGAGUAUCUUUGGCUACAGCUUGCCUCAACAGGCGAAGACAGAGACAAUCGUGUGAAAGGCGAAAGACCUGAUAUCUGCCUCAAUCGAACUGAACUUUCCAUUGGACUUUGAAUGGAGCUUGAACUCGCUAUCGCGGCACGUCUCAUCCUGGCUGGUAGAU